UUCAAAAGACUUUUCUCUCCCUUUGUCUCCAUCUCAAAAUAGCCCAAAUUCAGUUGAUAAAAUUAAGAUAACAUUUUAUCCCUUGGUCUGUAUUGUUAUCAUCAAAAGAGAAGAUGGCAACUGGGCUAAAGGCACUGCCUUUUUCAUUUGGGGCACAUUUUAUUGCCUUAAUUGCUGCUAUUAUGGUCUUAGUUUGGUCUAUUCACUUUAGAGGUGGCUUAGCUUGGGAAGCUGAAAACAAAAAUCUCAUCUUUAAUAUUCACCCUGUACUUAUGCUUAUUGGCUUCAUUAUUCUCGGGGGAGAAGCUAUCAUAAGUUACAAAUCUUUCCCCCUGGAGAAGCAGGUGAAGAAAAAAAUACAUCUAGUUUUACAUGCUAUCGCGCUCAUACUUGGUAUAAUUGGAAUUUAUACCGCAUUCAAGAACCACAAUGAAAGCAACAUCCCCAACAUGUACAGUUUACAUUCCUGGAUUGGAAUAGGAGUUAUUACUCUUUAUGGCAUUCAGUGGAUUUAUGGAUUUGUGGUGUUCUUCUACCCUGGAGGUAGUUCUGAAAUCAGACGUGAUUCACUUCCUUGGCAUGUGCUUUUGGGGAUGUUUAUAUAUGUCGUGGCUGUUGGCAAUGCGUGUUUAGGAUUCCUUGAGAAGCUCACAUUCCUGGAAGUCAACGGUUUGGCUAAAUAUGGUUCCGAGGCCUUCCUAGUUAACUUUACUGCCAUUGCUACCGUUCUGUACGGUGUCUUUGUGUUUCUGACCAUUCUUUCUCAGGGUCCAACUGCAGAUGAUCACAGUUACUCUGCCAUUGCUUGAGUUCAGGUAAGCUAUUAUUGCCUAUCGCGUUAUGUUGAGAAUGUGAACAAGCAUAGAUCUAGCUAUCCUCCGUACUUUGAUCAUCUUGUUUCAAUAUAUUCGAUCAUAUAUACCUAUUUGUAUAGUGAAGUAAGACUCAGUUCUUACUACUAUUGUAUUCAUGAUGAGCACAAUCUUGAUGUUUAUAUAUAUAUAUAUAUAUAUAUAUAGUACAUGAAAGCAAAUAUUCAUGUAUAGAUGAUUGUUGUGGGAGGCCAUGAAAACUUUGAAUAUUUCUUUGUUAUUCAAAUUUAUUUUCUUUGUUGUCUGGAUGAAUGGAUUAUUUUAACUA